ACGGCAAUCCAUCGCAAAUGCUUCAGUGAAGCGGUCGAACAAAGCCAAACGAUCUGGAGAUGAACAACGCCAGACAUCUGGUAAGUUUGGAAACAAUGAGGUAUCCGGUAUAGGGAUGACACGCUAGGGUCAUCAUCCGUCAGAGAUCGAUCCAGUUUAAUUCGUCCUGCUCCAUUUAUCAGCGUCCAUACUCAAAUUUAUGUGUAGAUUCAAAGACAACGAAUGAAGCCAAUAAAAAAUCCCCAACCAAAGCGCACAAAAAAUGUAAGCCCUUAUCCUUACGGAUUUAAGGGUGAACAAGAACGAAUUUAUAAGGUUUCUUUAAAGUUCGCUGAAAUUCGAAAUUCAUAGAUGAAAUUCGGCGAACUCGAUGACUUAGAUCAUAGGUAUAUCUAGAUUGACAUUGUGAAGUGGAAGGACAAUCACACCAAUGAUGGAUAAGUCUAAUACUUUGGAGUAUAUAAAUCAAAUUUUUCCUACAGAAUCAUCUUUAUCAGGUGUAGAGCCUAUGAUGCAAAAGAUCCGGAAUGAGAUCCGUCAUGUGGAUGCAGAAAUACUUGUGGCGGUUCGCCAACAGAGCAAUUCAGGAACUAAAGCUAAACAUGACCUUGCGCUUGCAACUCAAGCUAUCAAGGAACUAAUGCACAAGAUACGAGAAAUCAAAAUGAAGGCAGAACAAAGUGAAGCCAUGGUCCAGGAAAUAUGUCGAGACAUAAAAAAGCUUGACUUUGCAAAGAAGCAUAUUACAACAACUAUCACUGCUCUUCAUCGCCUCGCGAUGCUAGUUUCAGCUGUUGAACAACUCCAAGAAAUGGCAACCAAGCGUCAAUAUAAAGAGGCUGCUGGACAACUUGAGGCUGUCAAUCAAUUGUGUAGCCAUUUUGAAGCCUACAGGGAUAACCCAAAGAUAACUGAGCUGAGAGAGAAGUUCAAGAAUAUAAAACAGAUAUUGAAAUCACAUGUAUUUUCGGACUUCUCAAGCUUGGGGACAGCAAGGCUGAAGGAAGAUAGUAAUUUGAUGCAACAAUUGGCUGAUGCUUGCUUGGUUGUUGAUGCUUUUGAACCUUCUGUGAGGGAGGAACUGAUACGAACUGUGUGCAAUAAGGAGCUUACAGCAUAUCAACAAAUAUUUGAAGGGACAGAAGUGGCAAAAUUGGACAAGGCAGAGCGUCGCUAUGCUUGGAUUAAGCGUCAACUCCGAGCGAAUGAAGAGAUUUGGCAGCUCUUUCCCCAUUCUUGGCGGGUUCCCUAUUUGCUGUGUAUCCAGUUUUGUAAAGUAACGAGGUCACAACUUACUGACAUACUUGAUGGCAUGAAAGAGAAGCCAGACGUCGGAACAUUGUUGCAGGCAUUGCAAAGAACGCUAGAAUUUGAGGAAGAGUUAGCAGAAAGGUUUGGAGGGGCUCCUGCUCUUGGUAAGGAUGGAGAAAGUGACACAGAAGAGUUGGAAGAUGGUUUGGACAGUGACAAGCAAACUGCAUCAGAGAUUAGGAAGAAGUAUGAGAAGCAGCGUGCAGCUCAAGCUGGGACUGAAACAGAACCUAAUCGAGGGAGUGAAACAGCCAAAGAAUCACCUACUGCUGGAUUUGGGUUCAAUUUUCGAGGAAUAAUUUCAUCUUGCUUUGAACCACACUUAAUCAUUUAUGUUGAACUGGAGGAGAAGACUCUGAUGGAAAAUCUAGAAAAACUUGUCCAGGAGGAGACAUGGGAGGCAGAGGAGGGCAGUCAGACUAAUAUUCUGUCAAGCAGCACACAGGUUUUUUUGAUGAUAAAGAGAAGUUUAAAGCGGUGCAGUGCUCUAACGAAGAGCCAAACGUUGUUUAAUUUAUUCAAGGUCUUUCAAAGAAUACUUCGAGCAUAUGCAGGGAAGCUUUCUGCCAAGUUACCUAAGGGAAUGACUGGGAUUGUUGCAACUGCCACUGGUACUGAUCAAAUAAAGAUUUCAGACAAGGAUGAGAGGGUGAUAUGCUACAUAGUUAAUACGGCUGAAUACUGUCAUGAAACAGCAGGACAAUUGGCUGAAAAUAUUGCAAAGAUUAUUGAUGUUCAAUUUGCAGAUAAGGUGGAUAUGUCAGAAGAGCAGGAUGAGUUCUCAGCGGUCAUAACCAGAGCAUUGAUGACAUUAGUGCAUGGAUUAGAAACAAAACUUGAAAUUGAAUUGGCCACAAUGACACGAGUUCCUUGGGCAGCUCUUGAGAGUGUGGGUGAUCAAUCAGGAUAUGUAAAUGGUAUCAGUACAAUUUUGUCUAGCAGUGUCCCUGUUCUUGGAGGGCUCCUAUCUCCUGUUUAUUUUCAAUUUUUUCUUGAUAAGCUUGCAGCAUCACUGGCCCCUCGGUUUCAUCUUAACAUUUACAAAUGUAAACAUAUAUCGGAGACUGGCGCACAGCAGAUGUUACUCGACACACAUGCAGUGAAAACCAUUCUUCUAGAAGUCCCUUCAAUAGGAGGACAGAGUGCUGCAUCCCCUGGAUAUACAAAAUUUGUUGGUCGUGAGAUGGGUAAAGCUGAGGCACUUUUAAAGGUAAUUCUAUCUCCCAUGGAGUCUGUUGCAGACACGUACCGAGCUCUCCUUCCAGAAGGAACAGCUGCAGAUUUCCAAAGGAUUCUUGAUCUCAAGGGCUUGAAGAAAGUUGAGCAGCAGAAUCUGUUAGAUGAUUUUAGUAGGCAUAGCAGUGGUAUCAAUAUCCCACAAACUUCAGUUGUACCUGCAGUACCAUCUUCUCCAUCUCCUACUGCACCUUCAAUUAUAGGUGCAGUCGCAAAUCAUGAAGAUGUGCUCACACGUGCUGCAGCUCUGGGAAGGGGUGCAGCCACCACCGGUUUCAAAAGAUUCUUAGCUUUGACUGAAGCAGCUAAAGAUAAAAAGGAAGGUCCCUUCCGCAAGCUCUUUAACACUUAGAAAAAUCAUUUCUUCUUAUUCCUCUUUACACACACCGUGCAUUUGUUGAAGAAGACAGAGAUAUCUGUGCGAUGCAGAAGUUGGCUUAGUUUUAAUAUUAUCUUUGUAAUGCUUCCUGAACACACUGUAAAAUAAGGUAAGGAUUACCCCAUUUCUGACAUUUCCACGCAACAUCUUGCCAUUUUGUUCCUGCUCUUUUCAUAUACAAUUUUGUAACAAAUAUUUGAGAAUAAAAGGAUUCUUUCUAUUCUUGUCUUUA